GCAGAACUAUACACUGAAAUAUAAUCGUGGUUAUCAUUACUCAUACAACGAAUGUAUGGUUUGUAAUGCAUUGGAAAGUGCAUUUCUCACAACUCGUAAGGAAUUAUUGGAAUCUCUAGAUUCAACAAUGAAUAAGGAUUUUAUGGAAGAUGCAUUUUUAACGUGGUUUGAACAAAAUAGGAAGCUUCUCAGUUGUCCAGAUGUUAUGUUUGAUGUAAGCAGAGAUGAGCAAGUCAGGCCAGAGGAGUUUACUAAAAUGUUUGGUAAACGAGAACUAAAUAGAUGGAUAAUCGAUGGUGGACAAGAUAUUUGGUUUGGUUGUUCACGAGGAACUGCUCAUGUACCACAUGGACUACAUUGUAGAAAAAGUUCAGGAAUGGGUUUGCCUCCCUGUUGUAUGGAAAGUUUGGCAGAUUCUAUCAAGUUUGUAAUGUCGACUUGUGAGAAAUAUAAUAUUAUUUGUGAACUACAGGAAGGCACUCUUCUUGGAGCUGUAAAAUUUCAAGGUGUUCUCCCAUGGGAACGUGAUGCAGAUAUUACUUUUCUAAGUGGGAACUAUUCGGCUUUAAAAAACUUAUCAGAAUAUUUUGCUAGCAAUGGUUUUUCUCUGCAUGAUUCACCAUCAUAUAAACAGUGGUGUUGUGCUGAUGGUCGAAUUGCUGGAGGAGCAUUUCGAUUGGCAGCUCAUGGCUGGACAAUUGAAUUAUGGGGUCAACACUUGAUGGAUUCAGAACUUCGUAUUAUGGUCGGCGAGCAGCCAUCUAAAGUCUUCUUUGCAGGCCAAUGGGUGAAUGUUCCUGACAAUCCAGGGCUAUAUGCCCGCAAUCGGUACGGACAUAAUAAUUUGAGGCAUGCCGAACAUUGGAUGGCAACUGGCAAAGCAAGUGGCUGGGACACCUACAAUUCAGGAAAAUUCUCUGCUUGUGCAAAUCCGGGGCACCAUGGUUGUUUAGAUCAAUUUCACGCUGAUGGAUCAUUACAGUUUGGAUAAACGUCAAUAAUAGGAGAUGCCAGCCACAAGACUCUAGCUCGGUGCGGAUCUACAGUAUUAGUCAACAAUCUUGUGGCUGUGUUGAUGAUAUCCGUGGACAUUGUUUUAGUGUCAAUGAGAGGCGAUAUUAGAAUUUGAUUCAUUAGAUGAUGUUAGGCAUGCAUAUUUCAAUAUAUUUUUUAUGUUCUAAUAAAUUAAAUUGCAAGGAAUGGCAUCAGGUGUAAAGCAGCAUUAGUUAGCUAUUGAAUGUUGACCAG